ACAGCAAUGGCAAGAACCAAGCAGACCGCUCGCAAAUCUACUGGAGGCAAAGCCCCAAGGAAGCAGCUCGCUACUAAAGCCGCCCGUAAGAGCGCCCCGGCCACCGGUGGAGUGAAGAAUAUGAAGAAGCCUCAUCGUUACAGGCCCGGCACCGUGGCUCUGAGAGAGAUCCGCCGUUAUCAGAAAUCAACCGAGCUGCUGAUCCGCAAACUUCCCUUCCAGCGUCUGGUGAGAGAAAUCGCUCAGGACUUCAAGACGGAUCUGCGCUUCCAGAGCUCUGCUGUCAUGGCCCUGCAGGAGUCCAGUGAGGCUUACUUGGUCGGUCUGUUCGAGGACACCAACCUGUGCGCUAUCCACGCCAAGAGAGUCACCAUCAUGCCCAAAGACAUCCAGCUGGCCCGCCGUAUCCGCGGAGAGCGCGCAUAAACCUCUGAUCACAACAAAACCCAAAGGCUCUUUUAAGAGCCACCCAAAUACCC